AUGAACAAAAGAUUAUCAUUAUCAAUUACCCCUACUUGCUCAACCUCGAGCGGAUUGGCUAAUCGUAGAAGAAACAACAAGAAUCUAUCAUUGUGCCUUUCACCAGAAUCAACAUCUCAAUUGCUCAAUGUACCUCAAUUCCAGCAACCAAAGCAGCAAAAAGACAAUGUCAAUGCUUAUCCAUUAGGUCCAGCAAAGAUCAUGCCUCUUCUCUAUUUGGGAUCAGAAAAAAACGCCUUGGAUAUGGAUCAUUUGAGACAAUUGAAUGUGCAAGCCAUCUUGAAUGUUGCGGCAGAAGUCAGCAAUCCAUACGAGUACAUGUUCCAAUCCAUGGAUGAUUUGCUCUCUUCAUCAAUCGUACCUUCUCCUUCACUCUCAAAAGCAUCCUCUGUUAGUAGCACUGCUUCCAGUAUUCAAACAUUCGUGGACCCACCAUUACCACCAUCACAACAACCCAAUGUUGCCUAUCAAAAGCUACCAUGGCAACACAAUCAAGAUAAUUUGGCAGUUGAAUUGUCCAAAGCAAUAGAUAUCAUUGAUCGUGCCCGCAAUGCUGGCCAAACUAUUCUUGUGCAUUGUCAAUGCGGUGUAGCUCGCUCUGCAACUGUCAUCAUUGCUUACAUCAUGAAGACUUACAACAUGCCAAUGCAAGAUGCUUACAACCAUGUCAAACAUCUGGCUCCUCCCAUCAGCCCAAAUCUUGGUUUAUUAUUUCAAUUGAGGGAAUUCGAGCAAAAGAUUCGUCCUGCAGUGGUAACAGCACCAGAGCAAGAAGUUCUACCUACUCCAACAGUGGCUUCAACACCUCAAGUACCACCACAACCCGCUACUGUCGCCAUCGGACGUAACCACAGCUACAGCAGUCGCCCAAAAAGCUGGAUCAGCCCAACUCAUUCCGCUACCACUGCUUGUCCAUCCGAAUUGACAUCUAAACCCAAAAAGACAACGUUCUUGAUUCGUGCUAGCUCGCUUUGCUUAACAAGUGCUUGGAAACGUAAAUUAAAGUCAAAGCCCACAUUAAAGACUGAUGCUCAGCAAGAACAGCAACAAGAACAACAACAAGGAGAAGAUGAUGGCUGGUGGAAAGCAAGAAAAGUCUCCGUUGAUACCAUUGCAAGUGUUUGUUGCUGA